CAAAUUUUUCUGUUUCGCAGGUUCGGUUAGCGUGCACCGGAGUCUUGUAGGGAAUCCGGAAGUAACUGACGAACGGAGAAGAAAAGGAAAAGUUGCGACAGUGAAUCGCGUCGCAUUGGGAAAUCCCACCGAGUCUUUCGUUCCACGUCUACGUCCGUACGCGCUGUUCCUUCUUCGUCCUUCUGGCCACUCGAAGCGAGGAGAUCGAGCACGUUAGUCGAUCAGUUUCCACCGAGAAAACGAAAACGGAAGGUGGUCUCAGCUUCGGUACCUGACACGAGUGGCGAGUAGUGGGCUCGCGGCUCGGAAUUGGGACAGGAGAAACGUCGCGGCGUGAUAAUAGCAUCGUCCAGCACGAUGGCUUGCGAAUUUUCUAAGUAUCCCUCGGGUGUGCAGCAUCGGGUGGUCUUUAGUCAACCAGCCGGCAGCCGAGGAAGACGUUGAACGAGGACGAUGAUGAUGAUGUCCGAUGUUGUAUAAAUUCUUCUCUCUGUGUCUGUGUCCUGGCGUGUAGCUCGAACGAUGGCCGAUUCACGCGGCUUCAAGCCAAUAAACCAGUUGUGGCAGAGCGCGGCAGUGUCGACGGACCCGGAUUCGGAGUGCCUCUACGAAGAAAUCUUGGGCCUCUCGGGGUCCCAGGAUACGGAGCCAGGGCCGGCCGGGGCCGCCGUUGGCGAGGAGGAGGAGGAGGAGGAGGAGGAGGAGGAGGAGGAGGUGGAGGAGGAAGAGGAAGAGGAAGAGGAGAGAGAAGUGGUGGAAAAGGGGAAGCGAGGAAGGCUCGAUUUCGGUGCUCAGGUCGGCGGUAGCAGCUGGUGGAGACAGACGAAAGGAGCCGAGAAGCACGUCAGUAGCGUCGCCGGCGGCACGGGGGUACGAAAGAGCCACAAAAGUGUCGGUACCAGCGCGGGCGCGAGAUCGCGCAGCAGAUCGGCCGAUCGGCCGUCGAGCGGGCGCCAGAACAUCGUCAGGGUGGAGGAGGAGCAGUAUGCCGCGCGUAGAAGUUACGUGGAGCCCGGUACAGGCGCCGUACUGCCGCCUCCUGUCGCCGGCCUCAAGCUGACCAGGGGGCGUGCAACCAGCACCGUCGCCCGUUACUUGCACUCGGCUUCCACCAACACCGGCCACUAUCACCAUCAUCAUCACGGGCUGCACGGACAGUAUCAGCCCGGUGGCAUCGAAAGGCCGGCCGGUAGGCAUCACCAGCAUCAUCACCGAAGCCGCGGCGCGUUCAGUAAUGAGACGCAGGAAGAGGUACAGGAGGACGAUGAAGCCACUCUACGGGAGUUGCUCGUAAGUCUGCAGAAACAGGUCAGCGUUAUGAGUAUGAACUUGAGUGCCAAGCUGGACGAGAUGCAGCGGGUUGACCGUCAGACGGAGACCAACGUCGCUCUCUGUGAGAUCCGCACCCAGCUGCAGGAGCUCACCAAGAGCGUAGAGUCCUGCCAGAGCGAGGUCAGCGAGGUGAAACGGGACAUGGUCGCCAUCAAGCACGAACUAGAUACGGUACAGCAGGUGAAAGAGGAGAUAGAGGAAUUACGAGAAUACGUGGACCGACUAGAAGAACAUUCACAUCGACGGAAACUUAGGCUUUUGGAGCAGGGGCUAACGCUCUUCCUGUCAUAUGCAAUACUGGCAGCAGUUUUAGGAAUGUUGCAGUUCGGGUACAACACCGGAGUUAUUAACGCGCCGGAAGUGAAUAUUGAAAAUUUUAUGAAAGACGUGUACAAGGACAGAUACGGGGAGGACAUUUCAGACGAUUCCGUGAAGAAAUUGUAUUCCGUAGCUGUAAGCAUCUUCGCGAUCGGUGGUAUGCUAGGUGGUUUCAGCGGAGGGAUAAUUGCCAACAGAUUUGGCAGAAAGGGGGGCUUACUGCUAAACAACGUGCUGGGCAUCGUGGGGGCGUGCCUGAUGGGUUGCACAAAGAUUGCUCACUCGUACGAAAUGCUGUUCUUUGGACGGUUCAUCAUCGGUGUCAAUUGUGGCUUGAACACCUCGCUGGUUCCCAUGUACAUAUCGGAGAUAGCACCGCUGAACCUGAGAGGCGGCCUAGGCACGGUGAACCAGCUCGCUGUUACGGUGGGCCUCCUGGUCUCCCAGGUGCUGGGCAUCGAGCAAAUCCUUGGGACGAACGAGGGUUGGCCGGUUCUCUUAGGGCUAGCUAUCUGCCCUGCCAUCCUACAGUUACUGCUGCUUCCAGUUUGCCCCGAAUCUCCAAGAUAUUUGCUCAUUACUAAACAAUGGGAAGAGGAGGCCCGUAAAGCUUUGAGGAGGUUGAGGGCUAGCAAUCAAGUGGAAGAAGACAUCGAAGAAAUGAGAGCCGAAGAGCGAGCUCAACAAGCCGAGUCUAGAAUAUCGAUGACAGAGCUCAUAUGUAGCCCGACGUUAAGAGCGCCUCUCGUUAUCGGUGUGGUUAUGCAACUUUCCCAACAGCUUUCGGGCAUUAACGCUGUGUUUUACUAUUCAACAAAUUUGUUCACUAGUUCUGGUUUGACAGAGGAGAGUGCCAAGUUCGCAACCAUUGGCAUAGGUGCCAUUAUGGUUUGUAUGACGUUAGUAUCCAUCCCGCUUAUGGAUAGAACAGGAAGACGUACACUGCACUUAUACGGUCUUGGUGGCAUGUUUAUCUUUUCAAUAUUCAUCACAAUUUCUUUUCUCAUAAAGGAGUUUUUCGGUUAUGUGCAGGAAAUGAUCGAUUGGAUGUCUUACCUGUCGGUCGUAUCGACGCUCAGCUUCGUCGUGUUUUUCGCCGUCGGCCCCGGCUCGAUACCGUGGAUGAUCACGGCCGAAUUGUUCUCGCAAGGUCCUAGACCCGCUGCCAUGUCUAUCGCGGUCCUCGUCAAUUGGAUGGCUAAUUUUUUGGUUGGCAUCGGUUUUCCAAGUCUGAAGACUUUGCUCGAAAACUACACGUUCCUACCAUUCAGUGCAUUCCUAGCCAUCUUCUGGAUCUUCACGUACAAGAAGGUUCCUGAGACCAAGAAUAAAACGUUCGAAGAAAUUCUAGCUUUAUUCAGGCAUGGUAACGACAGGAGCAGCUUAAGGGACAGCAGACUCUAUGGGAGCAUGCUAAACUGUGUGAAUGCAUUAGAGGGACACAUACCGCCGGCAGAGAGUGCAGCCCUGAUGGUGGCCGAGGAGAAGCCACAUCCUGAUUCAUUUGUGUUUGCAGCUGGGUCCGAGCGAUCUUCCGGCGCACCCGCUCAACCGGAGAGACCACCGCCCCCGCUUCCCCCGCCACGCUUUCCGAACAGCGGUGUCUGACAAUGGGAAAUAGCUCCUCUUAAUAUUGGUAAUCUAGUGAUUAUGAACGCGUCGAUACCACUGCCGCUGCUGCUCAUCACCAACACCCUCACGCUGGAGGAUCAGCUUUACGAGAUCAUCACGGAAAGGAGCAAGGCCUGCGCGGUCUUCCUGCGGAACAGUUUACGCAGUCUACGAGCAGUGAACAUGACCGUCGACUGGACCGGCGGCAUGGAGAAUUUCGAUAGUAACGAGGCGUGUUACCGUGCCUAAUCGUUUGAUGGCACAGCAACGAUAGACCGGAUCGCAUCCGUUGAAAAGGGCACGUCGGACCCGCGAAUAUCUCUCGCGGGUGGACGUGUGAGAAAUUGAAACAUCAAUUUCAAUAGAGUAUUGGAAGUUACAAUUUUUUGUAACGGAUAGAGUGACGAUGAUAUUAUUAUAAGUGCGGGUGGGACAGACUCGUCGGUGGCUCGAUUAUGCUUAACGAUUCGGUGUAGGGAAAUGCGAAUUCUUUUUCCACGUGAAACGAGGGAAGGGACGAGGCGACGAAGAGCCUCGAAAAAAAAAAAAAAAAACGAGUCCAACGAUAUGUUGCGAAAGUGAUUGUGCCUAGACGUAUGUACCCUCGAGAGAUGAAUUACGAUACCGAGAGCUAAACAGGUUGGACCGUGAUCACUGUCUAUAGAACAGCAUGUUCGAACUUCGUGCAACAUCGAAGCUACGCAUAGAACGUAACGUAAUUGUUAAACGCGACGAAUCGUUGAACGAAAACCCUGGGAGAAUACGAAAGGAGGAACGGUAUACAAUAUCUAUACACUUCACUUUUAUAUCGUUUAUUUCAUAGGGUUUAUUCGAAUUACAUGUCAUUUUGUAUCACUGUCGUCUUUAUACGUCGUUGCACUGUACUAUGAUUAUGCGUUACGAUCAUAUAUGUUUAACCGACAGAUUGAAUUCGACGAACGUAAACCAAUCGGGGAGAUGUGUUUCGGAUCCGGUAUCGACCAAAUUAUUAUUCACUCGACGCUGUGUGUCGUUCAGACGAAACACUGAAAUUCGUAAUAAUGUCAUUUUAACGAUUACGAUCGUUAAGAACAGUCGAAACGGGCAUUAAGUUGACGCCACCUCAGAAUUGAGUAACUCUUUUAAUACCGGACUAACUUACUCUUCUAUGGGAGUUAAUUAAAACAGAGUUAAUUUACUAUGCAAUGGCAAGAAGUUAAUCUAAAUUGCGUGGGGAAAAGUAAACGUCGCGUUUCUUUUAUCGGGAUCUUUAAUAGUAAUUGAAAACGUCUUAAGAUAGCUCGCUCUUUGGGUAACGUAUCAGGAGAGAGCCCUAUAAUGACCUUAUUUUAAAAUUAGAAUAUGAAGUGAUUUGAUAUGACGGUGCAUAAACUUUUGGGAUUGACUGUAUAGCCAAUACAUCCUUAAAUACACGUUAAAGUUCAAAUAAUCAUACAUGCACGUAACUCGAAUUGUUAUUAAAGCUCGCACUGCAUAGAAUGAGUACGUCCGAUGUUAAAAAUUUCAUUCCAUUUUGGAGUGCGUUUAUUCAAUAUCCGUUUCGACUGCAUAUCAACAACCGCGUACAUACAAUAACGUAAUUCUCGUACGGUGCCUAACAGCGACAUUUCCAAUUUACCUUAUAAAAGUGUACGAGGACGAUCGUACAAACGAACGGGUGUCGAUUAACGCGAACCUUUGAAUUAUAAUGAACCUGGAUCAAUUUGUCUCGUUGAACGAUCGUUUCAGAACUGCGAAGGUAGAUUUAAUUCCUCGCCAAUUUUACGCAAACGAAAGAACGAAUCUAGGAUUUAAUUGACGAAUUUUUCAAGAUACCAUUUUAACGAUAUAGGCGUUACAGAUUUUCCAACGAUCGACGCACCCUUUCGUCUGGACCAGAAAAUUCUGUGGUACCUCGUACGUUCAGAGGCAUGCCUUUUCUUACUACUUUUUCGUCGUUAACGUUUUACACGCCAAAGUGCAUGUCGUUUGAUGUUACGCGAACUCUCCUUACGAAGAGGAACUUCCCUUACGUGUAUAUACAUGUACAUAUAUACUGUAUACACCCAUCGUACUUACCAAGCCGUUGCGUAAGAUGUAUGAUAAUCCUAUAACUAUUCCACGUUCGAUUCUCUAUUCGGAGCAGCGUUACACGAAACUAAAUCGCGUCGUUCGACCGGUUUUUGUAUUAUUCGACGACACAUAUUGAUUAACCGAUCGCUCAGAUCGAACCUAUUUCGUUGACUCCCCGUCGACGAGAUUCUCUAAACGUAAAUGCGCCAUCGUUGCAAAGAAUUUGUGAGCAGAUGCAAGCACGAAUCUGUCUCACAGUCCAUAAUCGUCUGUACCUACAUUUUGUUUUAAUUUUGGAAGCAGAGCUCGCCUUGUUAUGCAGACGUGAAACAGACUCGGCUAUUCGAAUUUUAAGUUGACGCACAAAUUGAAAGUAGUUUAAUUAUUCUUAUUAUUGAUUAUUAAUGUUAAUAUAUGUGUUGAGGGUUAAUUGAAAAUUUAAAUGGUCGAGGAAGCUGCAGGAUCUGAUUACAGGCUCUGCUUCGAAAAUCGAAGCCAAACGUGGAUACGAUUGAUCUUCGCUGCCAGUUUUUAUGCGUUAUAGUUUACGGGGCCGGAAACACUGUUCCUAUACAACCCCUUUACCUUGGAAAACGAAUGAAACAUUAGGAUACUCGCUGAAAAUUAUUUUAUACACGUAUAAUUACGAUUUCUCCUUAUUUUCACUCUUACAGGACAUCGUGUGUGUAUAAUUUUCAUUUUAUACAUCGUUUAGAAACGGAAUGAUCAAGGGAAUCAUGAACGACGACGACGACGGUGAACUCUUUCUCGCGUGCACGUUAGAUCGCAUUAGGUAGAUUAAAGUUUAAACGAUUUCGAACCGAUUCAUUAUACGGAAUAUAAUAUGUAUUGCGGUAUAAUCGCAAUAUGUACAACAGGUAGAAUAGAAUAAAUGAAAUAAAUAACACGAUCAGCAGUGAACUGAACAAGUUAAAUAUAAUUAAUACGGAGGAGGAUGAAUCGAGAUGAAAGAGAGACUUUUAAUUAUAAGCUGUCCAAAUCAUACAGAAUCAGUGAGAAAGGCAAUAACAAGCUAUUGAACUGAAUAUAUGCUAAAAUGGAUCUCCUGCAAUUAGAGAUCACCGGAACUUCGACUAUUGAUUACGGAUGAAACGUCGACAUGUGUACGUCGAUAAAUAGGCUAGAUAUUCAUAUACAUACGGUGACUCUCAUUAACAUUCGGACACGUUUCAAAAUUGAAUAACUUUUUUAAUAUUGGACCAAGUUAAACCAGUUUGGUACAAUAUUAAAAAAGUUAUUCAAUUUUGAAAUGUGUCCGAAUAUUAAUGGGUGCCAAUUUACGUGUGACGAGUGCAUGCAUGUACAUACAUAAAUAUACGAUAUACGUACAUAUAUGUACGUAUGCUAUACGCUGUGACUGAAGAGUUGCGAGGGACGAGGACUUUUCUCAAGAAGUACCAUUUUUCGUUUUACCAUUUCUUGCGACAUGCAAAUCAACAGUAUCGAUCUAAUUGAUAAAACAGUCUAAUUUCGAUAGGAACGCCCUUAUUCCCUGAGACUCUUCAAUUAAUAGUUUAUGGUAGCAUGGUGCAAUUUAAGGAACUAAUGAAAACGAUAGUGAAACGAGCGUGUUAAAUAAAAAGAGAAUGACAUCUUACACGUUCUCCCACUCGUGUUUAUGGCUGUACAAUAAUUGCGGACCGAGUGCUGGUAGCAUAUCCAUUUUUUAAACUUAUUACAAGCUUCGAACACGAGAACUAUAAAUAACCGUAGUUGCAAUUACUCCGACUCGAACUAAUUAUGUACAUAUAUUGUACAUGCAUCUACGAUAGAUAAGACCGACGGGUUCGGAUUCGAGGGAGAACCCUGUACCGCGUCAGAAACGAUAUUUUAAGAUACGCGAAAGAAAUUCACUUUUCACGUGUUCACGUUUAUUCGUGCAAACGUGAGAUCACCGAUACAGUAGUUGCAUUACUCGCGAUAAUUACACCUACGUAGACGUGGAUUUAGGUUUAACCGCGAGUAUCCGGACAUCACGAUAUGAUUUCUGUUGUUGAGAAAAGGCAUGCUGUGAUAAUACGUUCACCGAACAUCUCGAGAUCGACAAAUAGAGUCUACAAAACGGAGAGAGAAACGAAACCCGAAGAAAUUUUUCUACUUUCGCCGCAAUUAAAAUUCCAAUCUACACAUUACGGUCGUUAGAUGAACGCGACGAUGGGAUAAACGAUAUAUGCAGUUAUGCCACGUGUGUUACAUCUACGAAUUCUACAAAAUACGAGAUGUAUCUCUUGUUCCCGAGGGUCUAAACUAAUGUGUAGAUGUUCAAAGUGCUUUAACGAGAUAGAAAAACAAAGCGACAAAAAAAGAAGGGAGAACACGAUUCCUCUCGUGUACCAGAGAAUUAAUUUCACUAUAAUUCAUUCACACGUAACGAUAUAUAAAAAUAAGUAAACUCGUUUCUAAAAUUGUAACGUUAUCCAUAUAUAAAUAUACAUAUAUACAUAUACAUGUAACCGGCAAACCUUUGAGCGAGGACCUAUUCUGCACUUACCACGACUUUGAUAACGAGAUCAGUAACGACAUAUAUAUGAUUGCAUAUAUAGUUUCGGGUCAAUGGUACUAAAUUCACUGAGAGUAUUGCAACGUUCAUAAAGCCUUAAAGGAAGACGACACAGAAAAAAGAAACGAAGAGAAAUGAAAAUUGGAGAGAGUCCAUUAAAGUGAUCGUAAUAGACGGUAUAUAAAAUAAGUUCACUGCCACUCAAACGACUUGCGCUUCACGGAGAGCGUCGAUAUUCGAAAAUGUGAAUGUGUACAGUUAUGUGAAAAGUACAUAUACUUAUAACGUAAUUAUAUUUACGUAAUAUUAACUAGAGGUAUGUAAAAUUAAACGCAUAGCACGUAAGAAUGUUAAGAAACGGUAUGUAUGUAUAUUAUACAUACGUAUGUAGGGUACAGA